AUGGGGGACCACGAGGCGCGCGGUGACGACACGGAGAGGAAGGCGGAUAAGAAGCUCUCCGGCUGGGGGCUCUUCGGCUCCAAGUACGAGGACGCCGCCGACCUAUACGAUAAGGCCGCCAACUUUUUCAAGCUUUCGAAGAACUGGAACAGAGCUGCAUCUGUGUAUAUCAAGAUUGCUAAUUGCCAUCUGAAGGGUGAUAGUAAGCAUGAAGCUGCCUCAGCUUAUGUGGAAGCCGCAAACUGCUACAAAAAAUUCUCACCUCAGGAAGCUGCGCAAGCGCUAGACCAGGCUGUUAAUCUUUUUCUGGAAAUUGGUAGAUUGAGCAUGGCUGCAAGAUACUGCAAGGACAUUGGUGAGAUUUAUCAGCAAGAGCAAGAUUUGGAGAAGGCUUCAGAUUACCUAGAAAGGGCCGCUGAUCUUUUCGACAGUGAAGGACAGACAUCUCAAUCAAACACCAUUAAGCAGAAAGUUGCAGAAAUUGCUGCGCAGUUGGAACAGUACCCAAAGGCAACUGAGAUUUUUGAAGAAAUUGCUCGUCAAUCAAUUAACAACAAUCUGCUGAAGUAUAGUGUCAGAGGCAUCCUCCUUAAUGCAGGGAUCUGCCAACUAUGUAGAGCUGAUGCUGUUGCUAUACAAAAUUCAUUGGAGAGAUACCAGGAAAUCGACCCGACUUUCUCAGGAACUCGUGAAUACAAACUUUUAGCUGAUCUUGCUGCAUCAAUGGAUGACGGAGAUGUUGCCAAAUUUACUGAUGCCAUCAAGGAAUUUGACGGCAUGACACGCCUGUUGUGUAUAUUUGGAGUGACUGCAUUUGUUGUUCAGGAUCCUUGGAAAACGACACUGCUGCUGAGGGCAAAGAAUGAGCUGAAGAAGCAAGAGGACGAUGAGGAUGAUCUAACCUAA